UUAUGUCCCCCAAUAAAUUCGAAAUGAACAAUCUAGAAAAAUCAGUGGACGAGGAAACAACAAAAGGCGAGAAAAAAGAUUCAUCAAGUGCAGUGCUGGAGACGGAACCGUCAGAUUCAGGAAUGGCUGCUGCUUCCGCCACGGAUGGUGUCGCUGCGACGGCACUACGGUCGGUAAUUCAGCGGAUUGAACACGUGGCUGAACGAUGUGGCCGCAGAUCGGACCAAGUAAGGCUGGUGGCUGUAAGUAAAACUAAGCCAGUAUCUCUCCUCAAACAAGUUUACGACGCCGGUCAUCGUUGUUUCGGUGAAAAUUACGUCAAAGAGCUGAUUGAGAAAGCUCCUCAGCUUCCAGAUGAUAUAGAGUGGCAUUUCAUAGGGAAUUUGCAGAGCAAUAAAGUCAAGCCACUUUUAACUGGAGUGCCAAAUCUUGCUAUGGUGGAGACAGUAGAUGAUGAAAAGAUUGCAAAUCAGCUUGACCGUGUGGCUGCGAACAUUGGAAGAAAGCCAUUGAAAGUUUUUAUCCAAGUUAAUACAAGUGGGGAAGAAACUAAAUCUGGUGUUGAACCAGAUGGGUGUCUGGAACUCGUGAAACAUGUUACUUCAAACUGCCCUAAUCUUGAAUUCUGUGGCUUGAUGACUAUUGGAAUGCCAGAUUAUACAUCGACUCCUGAGAACUUUAAGACUUUAGCAAAAUGUAGAAGUGAAGUUUGCGAGGCACUUGGAAUAUCUGAAGAUCAAUGUGAGCUGUCAAUGGGCAUGUCAGGCGACUUUGAACUUGCUGUGAGUGACCUGACUUGUCACUAAGCACAUCAAAUCAUUAGUUGAGAUGGGCAGUACAAAUGUUCGAGUUGGAUCUACUAUAUUUGGUGCAAGGGAAUAUUCAACGAAGUAGUCGUCGAACUAGGUUGAUGAACCCAGUUUAGUGAAGAGAGCUUGAGCCAAACUUGUACCUUAAGAUUUUGCAGCUUGAUGUCGGAAUCUGAGUGUUUGUACGAUGCCACUAUGGACCUCAUUGGCUAUGUGGCCUACAAUAUCCUGUCUGUAUUCUAUCUAUUAUUACUGCUGAACAUAGUCUUGACUCUUGAGCUGCGAUCUAGAUGUUCAAUAAUAUUUUGGGAUUUGAUAGACUCUCGUCUAGAUGUUCUAAUUGAUGAUAAUCUGUAGAAUACUUUUGGUCC